AGCGUGAGGGUCACUCUCACAAAAGGCGCGCCCUAGAGAAGAUACAACGACGGAUCAGAGUCAGACUCGAGAGACGUGGCUUCUUCACUCGGAGAAGAAGAAGUUGUAUAUACAAUCCUCACCCCUCCCCGACUAGGUGUUUUUCGAUUCUCUUCUUUCUAAAUCAAUUCCAAAAACCCUAAUUGAUUUCAACAUGGGCGAACAAUCCUCGUCUCAACCACAAUCUCCCCAACCCGAGACUCAAACCCUAAUUCCGCCGCAAUCAAACGGCGCAUCCGUCAAUUCAACCGAAGUCUCCGGCGAUAUCGUCUCAUCCACCACCAUCGACACCCGACGGAUCACGGAACUAGGCAACGUCUCGUCUCCCCCUUCCAAAAUCCCCCUCCGUCCCCGGAAAAUCCGGAAGCUCACGCACGACGGCGAAGACGCUAAGGCGGAGGAGGAUAACAACAAAACCGCCGCUAAAGGUAAACCGUCACGCGCUAUAACCGUCCCGAGAAUCCACGCGCGCCCCCUCACGUACGAAGGCGAGCUCGAGGCGGCGAUUCACCACCUCCGCAGCGCGGACCCCUUGCUCGCGGAGCUGAUCGACGUCUACCCUCCGCCGUCGUUCGAGUCCUUCCCGACUCCGUUCCUGGCGCUGAUACGCAACAUCCUCUACCAGCAGCUCGCCGCGAAAGCCGGGAACUCGAUCUACACUAGGUUCGUCGCUCUCUGCGGCGGCGAGCACGUCGUCGUCCCCGAGACGGUCUUGGCCUUGGACCCUCAGCAGCUUCGUCAGAUAGGAGUAUCGGGAAGGAAGGCGAGCUACCUCCACGACCUCGCUAGGAAGUAUCAAAACGGAAUCUUGUCUGAUGCCGCGAUCGUGAGCAUGGAUGACAAGUCGCUGUUCACGAUGCUGACGAUGGUUAAUGGGAUCGGGUCGUGGUCUGUUCAUAUGUUUAUGAUCAAUUCUUUGCAUAGACCUGAUGUUUUGCCGGUUAAUGAUCUCGGGGUUAGGAAAGGUGUUCAGAUGUUGUAUAACUUGGAGGAGUUGCCUCGGCCUUCGCAGAUGGAGCAGCUGUGUGUUAAGUGGCGGCCGUACAGGUCGGUGGCUUCGUGGUACAUGUGGCGGCUUAUUGAAGCUAAGGGCGCAUCAGCAACGAGUACUGUUUCACGAAGUGUUAUGUCGUUGCCGCCGCCGUUAGACGACAUUCAACAACAAGAACAUCAGCAGCAGCAGUCACAGCAGCUUCUGGAUCCUAUGAGCGUGUUCAGUAUCGGGUCUUGGGGACAGUCAUAACUGGGUCUCCUCUCGCUUUGCUGUCUUUGUUUGGAAGGCUUCUUAUGUGAGAUACUGUUCUUGUCGUUGGCGUAAAAAAAAGUCCGGGAGAAGGAAUGAAAGUAACUCUUUUUGUAUGCUGUGUGGGUUCAUUUGAGACCACAAAGCUGACGAACUUAGUCGAGUUAGAGAGUCUGUAAUGUAAUUUUAAGAGUAGCUAAUGAAUGACAAAGGUGUUUUCAA